AUGACCGUCCCUCCGCGGCGCCCGGCCGGGCUGUGGCCGUGGCUGCUCGUGGCGGCCCUGCAGGUGGUGCUGGGCCACACGGGCCUGGAGCUGGCCGCGGCCGUGGAGCCGGAGCGGCCGGCCCUCCGAGCUGUCAUCAAGGUGACCCUGCUGAAGCAGGAGCCGACGGGGAAGCCCAUCACUCUGGAGGGGGUGUUCGUGGGAGGAAGCGCGGGUCACGCGGAGGGGAAGCUGAUGCAGUAUCACCCUCUGUCUCUAUGCAACACAAGCGAGGAUGAACGGCAAGAAAAUAACUUCAUCACCAUCGUCAAGCUGGAGCGUAGGGUACCCCGCUGUCUGCCUCUGCUGGAUAAGGCUCGCCUGGCUCUGGAGAAGGGUGCUCAGGCCGUAAUAUUUGACGUCAGUGAUGAUGCCCACGCAGCUACUGAGCUCCAUGAAACGGAUUCCCUUCCCCAUCCAGUGGUGCUGGUGGAGGCUGAGGAUGCCGGGGAGCUGAUGGGUCUGGUCAACAAGAAUGAGGAGGCCAGCGUCCGCAUUGAGAUCAAGCUGGAGCAGCCGAAAUGGCCCCAUUAUGACGUGGGUAUCCUCCUCACCAUAGUCCUGGCUAUCCUGACCAUCGUCCUCAUCUUUGCUUUCCGCUACAAGUGCAAAUCCAACAGAAGCUGGGACUCGGUGCAUCAGCAGACCAUGCGGGCCAUCAGCCGCCUGGAGACCAAAACCUACAGCGCUCAAGGCUGCUCAGGGUCACAGCGCCACCAUGGAGAAUGGGGCUCCGCCAGCAGCUCCAACUCCGGUCCUGUCUGCGCUAUAUGUCUGGAGGAGUUCCAGGACGGACAGAACGUGAGGAUCAUCUCUUGUGCUCAUGAGUUCCACAAGGACUGUGUGGACCCCUGGCUGUUACAGCACCGCACCUGUCCCCUCUGCAUGCACAACAUUAUGGGAGCGGAGCGCCAGCCCCAGAGAAACAGACUCCAGCAGACGGCAGAGCACAGCCAGGGCUUUCUCCACCCCCAGCCUUACAACAGCACACACAACCAUCCUUUCCCCCAGCACAUCAUCCCCUUCUCCAUGAGGCCCCACUACCCUCGGGGCCCCUCCGGGCCCUAUCCUGCCCUCGGCCACUACAGCGGCUCCUCUCCUGUCGACACCCAAACGCUGCAUUUCCUCACCAGCAGGCCCCUUGGCCCCAGCUGUGGCUACCACCUUCCUGCAGAAGGGAGGCCCAACAGGUUUGGAGCCAACUGCCGGCCCUCUACUCACCACUACACCCCCCGGCGCCCCUGCUACAACUACCGAGCGUCCUGUCUGGCCCAGCGCAGCGCCUCCAGCUCCAGGUUACAACACACAGCAUCCUCCACCCCACAGGCCCGCGGCACAACAGCCCGCAGCCGGCAGGAUGAGGGCAGCUGCUCUGGUGGCAGCUAUCGCACCGAGCGCAGCGGCUACUUGGCCGAUGGGCCGGCCAGUGACUCCAGCUCGGGGCCGUGCCACGGCUCAUCAAGCGACUCGGUGCUCAAUUGCACCGACAUUUCCUUGCAAGGAGUCUACGGCAGCUGGUCCACAUUUCGUAGCUCUCUGAGUAGUGACUAUGAUCCGUUUGUGUACUGUGGGCCAGGCCCCGGCCAUGCCCCUCGCAGGAACAGCCUGGAGGCCGGAGCUCAUACCCGGCCAAGGUCUCUGGAUUCUGUGGUGAACAAAGCAGGUUGCCCUGAAGAGCAGCCACAGACUGUGUUCAGCCACAUUCACUUCCACCGCCACAGGCACCAUCACUAUGAGGAGGGGGAGCACAGCCAGGGCCCGGGCAGGGGCUCCGACGAGGAGCAGGGAGCCACUGCUGCCACGGGGUCCGUUGCCCCGGCUCUAGGGAAGGACUCUUCCAAAUGCCCCCUCAAGCACAGCCCGUGCCCGUGCCCUAAGACUGUCCCUACAGAGAGGCCCGGUCCCGGGUCAGAGGGUCAAGAGAGUGCCCCCAGCAUAAACCCAGGACCUCCUGUCCUGGUGCCCCCAGUCCCCCUACAGAUGCAACCUGCCUGCUGCCACCAGGGCCAUGGACACCCCCACAGGAGGAGCGGGCGGCUGGCUGGUUGUGUGCUUGAUGGCCCCUCAGUUCGUUUUCACCAGAGCCUGGACCUCCAGGAUGACUGUAGCAUCCACAUUCAUUACGAUCAGGGCCCGGGCUAUUGUUGCCCCCCUCCUGACUUGCCUCCUGCUCUGCUACCCGUGCCCCUCAUUCUGGACUCUGCAGGCAUGGAAGACUGGUCCUACUGCAGGGGGGCCCACGUGAUGUGGCCGAAGCGGGUACAGCAGGCUCACUCGGAGCCCCAGCUCCUGGGGCCCGUGGCCUCCAUCGACAGGCCGACUUGCAGCUUCCACCGCAGCCCCAACGCCGACCGCAACACGGACGUUCGCUUAUACUGCCAAACUUUGCAACACAAUCAGGGAUCAGAGGAGGAAUCUGGUGUGUGAAAACUUGACGCAUCCCCAAUAUCACGCUGCUACACAGGAGCCGGAAAUGGACAAGCCUAUUAUCGGCCAUCUCUCUCUCUCUCUC